UGUCUGUCAUUAAAAAAGUCUAAAACAAGUGCGAUAAGAAAAGUUUGUGGGUCGUGGUUCUCAUUUCUUGUGGUUCCUGAAAAUUGACCGAAAAAGUGCGUGGGAUUCAGUGUGGAAAAUUUUGACUAUUUUUAAACGGAGUUUAUUGUGAUUUUAUUGGGCGGUGCCGAGGCACGCGGGGCUGACUCCACUGCUGCGGACAGGCGGCGCGCGCGUAUCUGCACUACUCCACACGUCCGCGCCCGCGCCGCACGGCUCGCACGCACCCACACAUAUCCUGCAUCUCCCGAACCGUGCUCCGAAACCGAACAGUGACAGUGAACAUUUACGUACUAUAACUUACAAAACAAGUGAAAUCCCUAGUGAUUCCGUUCAGUGCUCGGUAGCCGAGUGAAUGCGCGUGUGUUUCGACAACCUCUGCUUUGGAUCGUCACAGCGUACAGCUGCUGACGAUGAGCCGAGGGCCCUAGUGAACACAGGUGGAGGAGCGCUUACCGUGGCGCCCACAGUGAACGGCGAUAGGCGUGCUUUAAACGAAACGUAUAGAGAGAUUGAAUUAAAUGGUAUAAUGGGGACUCCAAGCGCAAUGAACGCGGAUUCUGAGAAUUGUGUUGCCAAUGCAACGAUGACGAACGACAUGCAGCCUCUAAUAGAGAGGAUUAGGGAACUGGAGGCGUUGCUAAAGCAACGGGACCAGGAAAUGUUGGAACUGCGCUCGCAACUGGACAAGUUGCAGAGCGUGUUCCCCUACCAGCAGUAUGCUCGAGGCUCGAGAGGCCCGAGGAAGCAGAGAGCCCAGGGUAUCUCUGCCGAGCCACAAACCAGCUCAUCUCUGCAGGAUUUGACUCACCAGACGUUCCCGACAUACGACAAGAGCGAAGCAUCGCGGGAACUGAUCAAAGGUGCAAUACUGGACAAUGACUUCAUGAAGAAUCUUGAAAUGACGCAGAUCCGCGAAAUCGUGGACUGCAUGUACCCCGUCGAAUAUGCAGCCGGCAGCCUCAUCAUCAAGGAAGGAGAUGUUGGCAGCAUCGUAUACGUUAUGGAAGAGGGACGCGUGGAAGUAUCGCGAGAGAACAAAUACCUCAGCACGAUGGCUCCAGGCAAGGUGUUCGGCGAGCUGGCCAUCCUCUACAACUGCAAACGCACUGCCACCAUCAAGGCGGCCACGGACUGUCGACUAUGGGCCAUCGAGCGCCAGUGCUUCCAGACCAUCAUGAUGCGUACUGGGCUCAUACGCCAGGCUGAAUACACCGACUUCCUUAAGAGCGUUCCGAUCUUCAAAGAUUUGUCUGAAGACACGCUGAUCAAAAUCUCCGAUGUUUUGGAGGAAACUCAUUACCAGAACGGCGAUUACAUCAUCAGGCAGGGUGCUCGUGGUGAUACCUUCUUCAUCAUAUCUAAAGGACAGGUGAAAGUGACUCAGAAACCACCAAACAGUAAUGAUGAGAAAUUCAUAAGAACUCUCACGAAAGGCGAUUUCUUCGGCGAGAAGGCAUUGCAAGGAGACGAUCUUCGAACGGCUAACAUUAUCUGCGACUCGCCAGAGGGCACGACUUGCCUCGUCAUCGAGGAGACCUUCAACCAACUCAUCUCCGCUCUCGACGAGAUCCGAACCAAAUACAAGGAUGAAGGAGACAGCAGGCAACGAUUAAACGAGGAAUUCGCCAACUUACGUCUCUCAGAUCUGCGCAUCAUCGCGACAUUGGGUAUUGGUGGCUUCGGUCGAGUGGAACUUGUACAGAUCCAGAGCGACUCCAGCCGGUCUUUCGCCUUGAAGCAGAUGAAGAAAGCCCAGAUCGUUGAAACCAGGCAGCAACAGCACAUCAUGUCAGAAAAGGAGAUAAUGUCAGAAAUGAACUGCGAGUUCAUUGUCAAGUUGUAUAAGACGUUCAAGGAUCGUAAAUACUUGUAUAUGCUGAUGGAAACUUGCCUUGGAGGAGAGUUGUGGACUAUUUUAAGAGACAAAGGCCAAUUUGAUGAUGCCACUACGAGAUUCUACACUGCUUGUGUGGUUGAAGCCUUCCAUUACCUCCAUUCGCGGAAUAUUAUUUACAGGGAUCUCAAACCAGAGAAUUUACUAUUAGACUCUAAAGGCUACGUGAAACUAGUUGACUUCGGUUUCUCUAAGAAGCUGCAAGCGAGCCGCAAGACUUGGACCUUCUGUGGUACGCCGGAGUACGUGCCUGAAGUUAUCAUGAACCGAGGUCAUGAUAUCAGUGCUGACUACUGGUCUUUAGGUGUACUCAUGUUCGAAUUACUAACCGGUUCCCCGCCGUUCACGGGCACUGACCCAAUGAAGACAUACAACAAGAUCCUCAAGGGUAUAGAUGCGGUGGAAUUCCCUCGCUGCAUCACCAGGAACGCAGCCAACCUCAUCAAGAAACUGUGCAGAGACAACCCUGCUGAACGACUUGGGUACCAGCGAGGUGGUAUCACUGAGAUACAGAAACACAAAUGGUUCGACGGUUUCAACUGGGAGGGCUUGGCCCAACGUUCACUAGAGCCCCCGAUCACCCCAGUGGUCAAAUCCCCAGUGGACACACACAACUUCGACCAAUACCCACCCGAUGCCGACGAACCGCCACCAGACGACUCCGGAUGGGAUAGUAACUUCUAAAAUAUAUGAAAAACUUUAUAAGAGAAAAUUUCUACUACCAAUCGUAAAUAUCAGAUUUAUAAAAUAAUCUGUAUGGUUAUUAUCACUAAUAAGUUAAUACUGAAACGACUUAACGCCAUUUUCCUUGCUACCAUUUGUAACGCAAUUAUUAUGCCUUCUUGUUAUUGAAUUAAACUUGACUUUAAGGAAGAAUUUAAAAGCCGAUCAAUGGCGUUUUAGUUUACCAUCACAUCUAAAAAGUUUAAAUAUUAAACGUCCUAACCUAUAUAAUACGUUAAAUUCAUCUAAGAACGUAACCGUAAAAUGACUUAAUAAUAAAUAAUAGCAUAGAUGAUAAUAUGGCGUGCCUAAAGUUAGGUAAAAUAUUUUCUCAAACCGCAGUUGAAAGUUUAAAAUGCCAUUAAUUAGUUAUUAGCUCUUGCCGGUUGAUUGUCAACUGAUAGUGAUAACAGAGUUCAUUAUUAUGAAACUUCAAAAAAAAACGAUGUUUCUAUAAAAAGGAGCUCUGAAUAGCACUAUGCAUUGUAAAUAGAAUAAAUUAUAUCUAAUCUUUAUUAAAGUCUCAACUAUUAUAUUAAUAAUUAUUAUUUUCACUUUUUAGUAAAUCGUUGCUUAAUUAUUUCAUUUCAAUUGUGCAAUAUCAGUUCGGUUCUGUCACUUUUGUACUUAUUUUUAUUUAACUGUUUGAAUGUCGAUGAACAAAGAAUAUUCUGCCUCUUUGGUUAGAUAUACAAACUUAUUUCUGCCCUCGAGUGUACGUACGUGAAAGGGAAGAGAAUUAAAAGAAAAGAAUUAAUAAAUAUUUAAUUACCUAUUUUUAAUUCUAAUUCAUAUUGUAGCCCAUUGUCAAUUAUGAAUCAAUUUAUUGUUGACUAAGUACGUAGUGCCAAUCUAUCAUGUAUUUGUAUUUAUGUAUUUCUAAUAGUUCGCCAAAAUAUAUCUAGAUUUCGUAAAGGUGACUGCAAUGCCAAAAUAUUGUGUUACCAGAAUUACUCGUAAUAUCAACGAUAAUUUGCUAUCUCUUGAUCAUUUAUAAAAUAUAUUUUUCUUAUAAAAACGAUAGCAUAGAUAUUCUAAAUUCUUCCCUAUUCGUGAUAUUUCUCAUAUAAAUUUUGUUAAUGGGUUAACUUGCGUAUGCAAUUAUAUUUGUCUUAUAAAAUACUUCAUACGUCAAAUAUUUCUUCAAACGUUGUGAUGUUCUGGAUAAUAUCAAUAAUUAUUAUAUCAACAUCUUAAGAAUGCUUUUAUGGGUUUCAGUAUUUUGGUAUUGUAUUUGAGAAUGGAAUGUAUCGUUAGCAAUGUAAUUGUAUGUGAAUUUUAUCAAAAUGUGUAGAACAUUUGAACAAUUGAAAACUUACCUAUACCUACAUAAUUUUUUGGUUCUCUGAAUAGUUACCUAAUUAAGUGACAUUUAUAUGUAAACCGAAAUAUAUUAUUAUGUAAAUGUUAAUUAUGAAUUGUAUUUAUUAAGUGUAAUUGUAAAAAUAAAUGUAUUCAACAGUCCACUAAUAGUUACUUUACUGUUUAGUUUGUCAUGUACUAAACCACGGCUUGUUUGGUA